UUUCCAGGUUCGGGCCUUUAACCGUGCCUUUUUUGCUGCCAAGGACUCUUCACAGUCCGAGAGGGAGGGCUCGGUACCUUAGUGCCCACAGACGCCUGGCCAGCGGGUUAGCUGAUUCCUGCCUCCCUUUUUACCUUCUGGCCUUUGAGUUCAGAUCUUGACAACAAUAUAUGCAAAGGAUAUAUAAAGAUGAUAACAAAUACAAUAAUAUUGAGCCUGAUCGUUUCCAUUUCUUUAGUUUUCUGGAUUAUGUCUAUGACUGCAAGUACCUAUUAUGGUAACUUACGACCUAUCUCCCCAUGGCGCUGGCUGUUUUCUGUGGUUGCUCCUGUUUUGAUCAUCUCAAAUGGCUUAAAAAAGAAAAGUCUCGAUCACACUGGGGCUUUAGGAGGGAUAGUGGUUGGAUUUAUCCUGACCAUUGCAAAUUUCAGCUUUUUUACAUCUUUGCUGAUGUUUUUCCUUUCUUCUUCGAAACUCACUAAAUGGAAGGGAGAAAUAAAGAAGCGUAUAGAUCCUGAAUAUAAAGAAGGUGGGCAGAGGAACUGGAUUCAGGUGUUCUGUAAUGGAGCUGUGCCCACAGAACUGGCUCUGCUCUACAUGAUCGAAAAUGGCCCCGGGGAAAUCCCAGUUGACUUUUCCAAGCAGUACACUGCUUCCUGGAUGUGUCUGUCUCUCCUAGCUGCACUGGCCUGUUCUGCUGGAGACACGUGGGCUUCAGAAGUUGCCACUGUCCUAAGUAAAAGCCCUCCGAGGCUGAUAACAACCUGGGAGAAAGUUCCAGUUGGGACCAAUGGAGGGGUCACAUUAGUGGGCCUUGCCUUCAGUCUCCUUGGUGGCACCUUUGUGGGCAUCACGUACUUCCUCACACAGUUGGCUUUUGUAAACGAUUUAGACAUUUCGGCUCCUCAGUGGCCAAUUAUUGCAUUUGGAGGUCUGGCUGGAUUGCUAGGAUCAAUUCUGGACUCAUAUUUAGGAGCUACGAUGCAGUUUUCUGGUUUGGAGGAAAGCACAGGCAUGGUGGUCAACAGCCCAACAAGCGGUGUCAAACACAUAGCAGGGAAACCUAUUCUUGACAACAAUGCCGUGAAUCUGUUUUCUUCUGUCCUUGUUGCUCUCCUGCUCCCAACAGUUGCUUCUGGUGUAUGGCCCAGGGAGUGAAGCUUAGCGCUGAAACUGGUGGGGUCUCCCUCCUGAAACGAAGAGCUCGUAGCUACUGGAGCAGAGUCAGAAUUGAAUAUGCCAUGGAGUCCUGUGAUGAAGCAGAGCAGCUUUAUAGGGUUGGUUUGUUUUCCCUCGAUUGUGAUCUUUACGGAAGUAGAUCGCCAGUAUCUUCCUACUACACAGCCACUGGGUGGGUCCAAUCCUCCACCUUUGUGCUCACAGCUGGCACUACACUGUUUGCACCACAAGGGCUUCUUUCCGAUAUCUGGUAGAUACAGAUGCAUUUGGUUUGGUUUGGUUUGGUUUGUUUAAACUGAUGUAAAGAGUAAAAGGAUGUAAGGAUGACAUUUGGAAAUGGCCCUCAGUUGGGUCAGAGAAACGCCAUUCUGACUCACAUAUAUCUGUUUUAAUAAACUGAUGUGUCUAGAAGCCCAAGUAAGUGUAAGACCUUGGGAUGUUCCCAUGACUUUUCUGUUCACAGUUGUUGAGUUUGGUUCCUCUUGAGCUGUAUUGGCUAUCCUUCAUUUUUUCUCCUGCCUCUCAGAGCUAGUAAUUUUUAAAAAGUAAAUGUCUUUUUCAAACGGCCAUUAGAAUGUGUAGGUAAACGUUAAAGAGACUUAUCUUGUGUCUUCUAAAAUGCGCACCUUUCUCUUUCAUUUGCUCGCUGAGCAGGAAUGGUCUUGAUUUUAAUAUUUUAAAAUAUAUUUUCUGGCAUCCUUUGAAAUGUGUACAGGAAUCUGGUUUAGCACUGGCCUCCGAAAGUAUUAAAGAAUGACUGGAAAUGUGUGGUGUCUUUAUUUGCUGUACUGGCCAUUGCUUGGAAGAUGUUCUGACUCCCUGUUAUGUACCUUCCAAGUUGUUCUCUACGUUGCAGCUGCAGCUAAAGGGAAUUGGCUUUUGUUUUGUUCUUCGCUAUGAUUUACUCCAUUCUGAAGGGGUUUUGUCCUGGUACAAAUUAUUUUACUAAAAAUAUUUUAAAGCGUUUCUGAUAUCCUUUCCCGACCUACCUCUUUUUUUAACGGAUUCAAUUUUAUUAGCUCUAAUUACACAUCUAAAGAUAACAACUCGAGUGCUUAUUACCAUUCCAAGGCAUACAUGUUUUAACUUAACAAACUAGAUUUAUAAAACAUAUAAAAAUACUCCACAGGCUUGAUAAGAUAUGUUCAUGUGACUUCAUGAUAAGGAUGGGUAUAGGCUAUGUUAGAGAGAUUUUUCAAACUUAGAAAAUAAUCAAAAAAUGUACACUAUUAAUUAAGUUCUUUCUUAGAUAAGCAACGUAUCGUUUUAAUUCAUUGGAAGCCUUAAGUAGAGCAGCUUUCUUCUGGUCUCCAAUCUCUCCACUAUUUUCUAAGAGAUCUUCAGGCAUGUAUGCCUCAUAUUCCUGAUCAGUUUUAGCCAUCUGCUCCGCGAGCUGUUUCUCCACAGACCCUAUGUGGGCAGCAGCCGUUUCUAAAAGACACUGCAGUUAUUUCCUACGUCUUGUCUUUUCUCACGGGUGCUCUGCACGACUCCCUGGGAUCCCUCCGAAUGGUAGCUGUUCAUGCAUUGCUUCCCCGAGGCCCCGUUCACACCACUCUCCGCAGGUGCUUGUGGUUCUCCAAGGACUCAAGCUCAUUGGCACAUGUUUGGGUCCUCUUCUUCAGCGUCCUUAACUUUGUAUUGGUGAAGGUCAUCGACAUUUUUAACUUCUUCUUUCAGAGUUCUCACACUUCUCUUGCCCUCUGUUACUGUGUUAUUCACUUGUUGCUAAGGUAUCCGCUAAACCCACCUUUGUAUUUGGAGCUGUAUUAAAUUCUUCAGUUUGAUUCAGGAAUUCCUUGAGUGGUACAUAAACUUGGAUCUUGUAUUUGACAAGGCAUUUGGUGCCAGCCUCGGGAUUAAACUUAAUUUCAAAGUCAUAUACUUUGGAAGUCCUGGUACCUUUAGGGAUAAGUUUUAAUUUUUGAGCCAACUUGUGUAACUGCUUCAAUCUUCUAUUUGCUCCUGGCACGUUUUAGUUCCUCAGUGCAUACCUGCUGUUCUUCAAUGUGAAGGUCCUUGGGUAAUUUGUUAGUAAUUUGCUGCCAUUCAUUUCUUUCAUGACUUAUUCUCUGUCCACAACUGAGUACUUCUGGUGAUCACCAGGAUUCUGUAGUGUCAUGCUCUCCUGCUUUAUUGUUUCACGUUCUAGCUCUUCGCAAGCAGUAUCUUCAUCAAGACCAUUCAGUUUCUGGUUAAGAAGGACUGGGUGAGAUUCCAUAUUACUCCUGUCUGUCUGGUAUUUUUUAAUAUCUUACAAGGAUGAAAGCAGAUUUCUCAAUAGCUCUACGUGAUUUGGUUCUUUUUCCUUCUGUUGCUUCAAUUUUGCAAUCUGCUCAUUCAAUGCCUUGCUUUUUUGCUGCUUGAAAGCAUGUGCAUUAAAUAAAUCCUUCAAUUUUGGCUGCAACUCUGUGUUCAUCUCUUCAAAACUGUCAGCACCAGUCAUAAAACUCACAUAGCAUUUUAUGGCGUGGUCCAGAAACAACUUAUUAUGCAUAAUUCCAUCUUCAAUUUCUCUUCCCCAAGGCUGAACAUUAUCAAAUGAAGGUGAGCUUCUGUUCAUGGCAGGGUAUACUAUAUACACUCGAGUUUAAGCUAACCCAAGUAGCAGCCAAGGCACCUAAUUUUGCCACAAAAACUGCAUUUAAAAAUGUGCUGAAAAACUCGUCUUAUACACAAGUAUAUAUGGUAACUUAAUGCAGUCUAUUUGCCACACCACAAUGUGAGACCAUGAGUGAGGGCCUAUACGGUAUACCUGGAGCUUUUGGGCAAUGCAAAAGGAUGCCCAAGAUCCUUAAAGAUUCUGGGAACAACUUCUUCAAACUUUGUAUCAGGAAGUUCCUAUGAAGGGUACAGAAAAGUAAAGAUCUUUAGAAAGACUUUUGCACGUGGAGUUUGUAGAGAUUUCAUGAAUAUACUAGAAGCAUAACCAUUUUCUGCAAGAAACUCACAGAGCUGUCUAAUACACUGCUGACUGAAUGCUUUGUCAGUGAGGGGUGUUGGGUCCUUCCUUGAUUUUGUUCAGAAUUACAAAAGAUGCCCAAUUGGCUGUUCCAGGAUCCAGGCCCACUCGUUCUUUUGCCAAACAGAGACUUUUCUUUCAGAUGUAGACAGUGUAGGUUUGUUUGUAUUCAGUUUUCCAAAGAUCGGUUUCUCUUUGCUUUCAGUGGUAUAGAGGCCUUGUUUCCCGAUGGCCUGGGGUCUUCAGUCUGGCACAGAGAGGCAGCCAGCAGCACCAGUGGAAACAGAACUGACGUUUCUCCCAGCUUCCUUUCACCAUCUGGGGCCAAAUUUCCAAACUGCAAUUUCCUUCGAAAGAUAGGGGUAGCCACCAAAACACCAUUCCUCUCUCUCAUACCUUUCUAUCCAUACCGCUUUGGGGAGUAGAAAGCCUCUCUUCCUCAGAUCAGCUGGUUGUUUUGAACUGUGGACCUUUAGGACCACGACCCAACUCAUAACUACUGCACCACCAGGGCUCCUCCCUACCGCUUUUGUACCAUUGGAAUAUAUAAAGUUUGGAACUAUUUAUUAGUAAUUCAGGCCUACUACAGUGAUGAUACAGGAUGGACCUGGUUCAGGAACGAAAAAGAAAAACAGUUAACACUCUAAUCCCGAAGCUAAUUGACUCAGUGGUUUUCAACUCUGGUUGCACAUUGCAGUCACUGGGGCCACUGUCACCAAGUUAGUUCCACCUCAUAGUUACCCUGAAUAAAGUUUCUGAAAAAAUAAUCCCUUAUAGGAACAGACAGCUGCUGCUUCUUUGGAACAGCUGGUCAGUUUGAACUUCUGCCCUUUCGGUAGCAGCCUGGCCCACAACUCCAGUAGGACUCUAAAUCGUUACAAAUAACAACAAAAUCUUGUCUGUCUGGGCCUCAUCCCCAAAGAUUCUGAUUAGCUUAUCUGGAGUGCAGGAAGCUUCAUAAUGGGAUUUAAAAAAACAUUAAAAAAAUAAUUUUAUUGGGAGCUCAUACAACUCUUAU